AUAAUACACGAAAACGAAAAACAGAAACCAAACCAACCUUGAACGAAAAAACACCAUUGACGGAAAAAUACAGACCUCGACGAAUCUGAAAAUUAGAGAAUCGAUCAUCAUAUCUCUCAAAACUGUUGCUGUAUACAACAAGCAAAUCAUCGUCUCUCUAAUUCGACCUACAAUUCAAUCGAUCAAUAAACCUAUGAGCUGAUCACAACAAACAAAAAAUCGAAAACCAGAAAUCGUUGCUUCGAGGAAGAAGAAGAAGUCCGUCAACUACAACAUCGAAAACUAAAUCUGAAUAAGGUACCUAUUAUACAUUACGAUACAUACUACUGCUUAUAACACAUUACACCUUCCAAUUCCUGAAAACACCUAAAAAUCCAUCAUGUUUGUUAAUUCUGUUAAACAUGAUUAUUUGACAAUUAAUCAGUACUAAUCAGAUAGUUUACCAGUUGUAAUCAUAACUGAUAGUAAACUAAUCAAUACUAAGUACUUUAAAAAAUACAGUACACUAUAAACCUUCGUAAUUGUAAUCGCUCCAACAUUAUAGUUCAACAUAUAGUCAUCUAAUUAGUAAAACUGCAUAUAAACCUUACUAUAAUAAAUAUAAAAUUUAGUUUAUGAACAUCACACCUAUUACAUGUUUAUUAUUUUUGUAUAUACAUAAUGUUUACUGUAUACAAUACUUAACAUGAUUAAACUAAACAAAUCACGCAGGAAUAUGGAUGUUAGAACAGUGAUUCUUUUUUACAAUGGAACUUGGGUUGACAAAACAACAUACGUUGAUUAUGAAGUCGAAGGUAUACUAAUUCCAACAGAUUGUUCACAUUAUGAGCUUUCUCACAUAGUAUACGAAGCUUUGAAUUUGGACCGAAACAAAUAUACGAUUGAUCUUCAAUUUCAAGUAACUGAAGGCAUACCACCAAUAAGAAUCAAAGACGAUAGUGGAUGCAAGUUUUAUGAACAAAUACGAAGGAAAAAUGAUGAUGAGACCAAAUAUCCUAUCUGUGUUAACAUCUCAACAUCCACAACCGACAAUGAACACAAUGAUAGAGUAAACUAUACCUACAAUGGGGAAACUAGUUUACAAACAAGGCAACUGCUACCAACAAGAACAGAAUAUGCAACAAAGAUGGCAGAUUAUGUGAUUGAACAAACUCAAAUAUCGAUGGAAGAAAGCUCCGAAGAAAAUCAAAUAAUUUUAAAUCCUCAAGUUGUUGAAAUACACAUUGGCCAAGUUUUUGCAAACAAGGAAACCCUCCAACAAGCAGUAAGCCUUCACUCAAUAAGAUACAAUCAACCUUUCAAGGUAAAAAGAUCAUCAAAACUAGACUAUAAACUAGUCUGUAUUGAUGAUAACUGCAACUGGACAUUCUUAGCAUCAAAACAUGGAAAGACUGACAUGUUUAUCAUAAGAAAAAUAGAGCAUACUCAUACAUGUUCAUUGGACAUCACUUCUGGAGACCAUCCUCAAGCUACAAGCAACCUGGUUGGAAAGGUUAUAAAAAACAAGUUUGUAAACCCAAAAAGAGAUUACACUCCAACAGAAAUUGUGGAUGACAUGGCAGAUGAUUACAGUGUCUCUAUAUCUUACCAAAAAGCAUGGAGAGCUAGAGAAAAGGCAAUUGUGGAUGCUCGUCGCUGCCCACAAGAAUCAUACAGUGAGAUACCAUCAAUUUUAUACAUGAUGCAAAUAUCAAACCCAGGAACAAUCACAGACCUAGUAACAGAUGAAGAUAACAAAUUCAAAUAUCUAUACUUUGCAGUAGGUGCUUCAAUAAAAGGUUGGCAACACUGUACACCAAUAAUAGUCACAGAUGGAACCUUUUUGACAAACCAACAUGGAGGCACUUUGUUGAUAGCAAGUGCACAAAAUGCAAAUAGACAUAUAUUCCCACUUGCAUUUGCAGUAGUAGAUUCCGAAAAUGACAGCUCUUGGGAAUGGUUUCUUCACAAAAUAAAGGAAACUUAUGGCGAAAGAGAAGGUCAAUGCAUCGUAUCAGAUAGACAUGAGAGUAUACUAAAAGCAGUAAAAGAGACCUUUCCAGAUAUAAUGCAUGGGGUAUGUUGUUACCAUUUGAUGAAGAAUAUAAAAAUAAAAUUCAAAAAAGGAGGUGAUGAGCUCAAGAUUGCAUUUAAUAGUGCAUCUAAAGCUUACAACAUAGAAGAUUUUGAAAAGAGCAUGCAAGACUUGGACAAUAUAGAUGUAAGAAUAAGAGAUUACUUGGUGAAUGAAAUUGGUGUCGAAAAGUGGACAAGACUAUAUGGCAUGAACAGGAGAUACAAAACAAUGACAUCAAAUAUUGCCGAAUCAGUCAAUGCAGCCUUGAAAGCAGUAAGAGACCUACCCAUCGCAACUCUACUAGAAUGCCUACAUUCAUUGGUGCAAAGAUGGUAUUGGGAAAACAAGAAUAGAGCCCAAAAAACUACAACAACACUGGCAAAAAUACCUGAAAAAACAUUAAAGAAACAAAGAGAUAUGAGUUUAAAGUACAAGGUUGAAACAGCAAACCUUCUGGUAUACCAAGUACACGACAACAACAGAUCUCACAUAGUAAACUUGGAGAAUAAAACAUGCAGCUGCCAACGAUUUGAAUAUGAUGAAAUGCCUUGCUCUCAUGCAAUGGCUGUACUAAGCAAAAGGAACCUGUCCUGCUACAAAUAUUGCUCAUACUACUACACAAAAGAAGCUUUUAUGGCAACAUAUGAAGACAGUAUACUCCCAUUAGGUGAGGCAACAUCAUGGAAUAUACCAGAUUUAAUAAGAAAUAUUGUAGUCCUCCCACCUAAACAUAAGAGAGCUGCCGGAAGACCAAAGAAACAACGAUACAAAAAUGGACUUGAAGCAAAAGCACAAGUGGUAUGCGGUCAAUGUCACCAGAGAGGACACAACAAAAGAUCAUGUAAAAAUGACCCAGUACUAAAACCACCAAGAAAAAGAAAAAGAUCAUAAGAUCCUGAGGUAAAAUGAAUAAAUGUUGGUAACCAUCAAACAUGGUUACUAAAUAGACAGUAUACAAAAACAAUUUACAAUGAUAAUUGUUAGUUGAUAAAGCUUUUCAAUGUAUUAAUACAAACUUUUAAUAAAAUGAUUACAAUUCGCUUAGAUUCAAGUAAGUUUUUUUUUUCCUCCUCUAUAUGAAAUAAAAUGUUAAAAAUAACAAGUUACCAAAUAUAUGAACAGUUACUAACUGUAAUUUAUUUACAACCAUUUUAAAGGUUAAUAAACCAUCACAUUGGUUUAUACCACUUAGAAUGGUAUACAGAAAUGUCAUUGGUUUAUAAGAUCAAACAAAAUUAAACAAAAAUCACAUAA